UGCCUCCUCACAUCUCAAGCGACCAUUCUUGCUUGCUGUUCAUCGCUCAUGGAGCUAAGCGCAGGAGCCACUCUCCUUUUCCUCUCUCUCAUCUCGCUGAUGAUGCUCGUGUCCUUGCUUAGCCGCCGCAAAUCAACACCAAGUUCUAAUAAGAUGAGGCGUCCUCCUGGUCCACGGCGUCUCCCCCUCAUCGGAAGCCUCCACCACCUCGUCACGUCGAUGCCGCCGCAGGUCGUUCUCCGGGAUCUGGCCAAGAAGCACGGCCCGGUGAUGUACCUGCGGCUGGGCCAGGUCGACACCGUCGUGAUCUCCUCACCGGCGGCGGCGCAGGAGGUGCUCCGGGACAAGAACCUCACCUUCGCGUCGCGGCCGAGCCUUUUGGCCACGGAGAUCAUCUGCUACGGAAACACUGACGUCGCCUUCGCGCCAUACGGCGUGUACUGGAGGACGCUGCGCAAGCUCUGCGUAGUCCAGCUCCUCAGCGCGCGAAAGGUGAGGCAGUUCUCGCCCAUAAGGGAUAGUGAGACCCUGUCCCUUGUCAGCAACAUCCGUCUCGCCAGCAGAGACAACGAGACGGUCAAUCUCGGCAAGCUGCUCAUGAAGUGCUCCAACACCAUCACCGCAAGUGCGACAUUCGGUGACGCGUGCGACCCCGAGCUCCAAGAGCGGUUCUUGUCUGCGAUCCAGGUGGCGCUCGACGCCAGCGGGGGGUUCUGCAUCGGGGACCUCUUCCCGUCCCUGCGGUUCGUCGACGUCGUCACCGGGCUGAAAGGCCGGCUCUGGCGGGCGCGUGGGCAGCUCGACGCCGUCUUUGACACGAUCAUCGCUGGUUGCGAGGCACGGCGAGAGGAGAAGAAGAAGACCACGAGGACGACAGCAACGACGGGAGAUGAUGACCUUCUGAGUGUCAUGCUUAGGAUCAAGGAGGAGGGGGAGCUUGACUUCCCCAUCGGCACUACAAACGUCAAGGCAAUCAUAGUGGAUUUGUUCACGGCAGGGACUGAGACGACAUCGUCGACAGUCGAGUGGAUCAUGUCGGAGCUCAUGAGGAACCCAGAGGUGAUGGCCAAGGCACAAGCGGAGGUGCGACGAACAUUGGACCACAAGAGUCCAGAAGACCAUGAGGGCCAAAUGGACAAGCUAAGCUACACAAAAAUGGUGAUCAAGGAGGGCAUGAGGCUGCACCCAGUAGUGCCGCUCUUGCUCCCCCGUGUAUGCCGGGAGACUUGCGAUGUCGGUGGGCUUCAGGUUGCAGGGGGGUCAAGGGUCAUGGUCAAUGUGUGGGCGAUAGCGAGGAGCCCUGAGUAUUGGCAUGACGCGGAGGAGUUUAGGCCAGAGAGGUUCAAGGACAGCGCCGUGGACUACAAUGGCACGCAGUUUGAGUACUUGCCGCUGGGGAGUGGACGGAGAAUGUGCCCCGGUGGUACAUACGGGUUGUCCACAUUGGAGCUCAUGCUGGCAAGACUUCUGUACUACUUUGAUUGGAGCCUCCCAGCCGGAAUACGGCCAAAUGAGCUUGACAUGGACAUGAUCGUCGGUGGAACGAUGAGAAGAAGGAACCAGCUGCACCUGGUUGCGACGCCGUAUAAUGUUCCUAUGGAAUUUUAAUGCCGAUUGAUGUGUAACGAUGUUUGUGACAAUGUUUCCUUUUACCCGUGUGAGACCAAGGCUCCUACAA